AUGUGGCAAUUUACAGAAACGUUGGGUGAAGGUGCCUAUGGCGAAGUCGUUCUCGCCAAAAAUAUCAAUACAAACGAAUUCGCUGCAGUUAAAGUCAUCGAUAUCAAUCGAUUAAAAGGCAAUGACGUCGUUAUAAGAAAAGAAAUUGAUUUACACAAAUUAUUUCGACAUGAGAAUAUCAUUCGAUUCUAUGGUUACAAACAACAAUACACCAACUAUUAUCUCUUUUUGGAAUAUGCGGCUGGUGGUGAACUUUUCGAUAAAAUCGAACCUGAUGUGGGAAUGCCAGAAUAUCUUGCUCAGCAUUAUUUCAAACAAGUCGUCGCUGGAAUGGCGUAUCUCCACAGUCUUGGCGUUGCUCAUCGAGAUCUAAAACCAGAAAAUCUUCUCAUUGCAAAUAAUAACGUGUUGAAAAUUUGCGACUUUGGUCUAGCAACGUUGUUUCGCAGUCAAACGACAAGAGAAGAACGCAAAUUGACUACAUACUGUGGUACAGCACCUUACUCAUCACCAGAAGUUUGGGCUAAAACACCCUAUCGAGGUGAACCAGUCGAUGUUUGGUCAUCGGGUAUUAUUCUUACUGCUAUGUUGACUGGAGAACUACCUUGGGAUCAGCCAUCUUAUCAAAAUCCUGAGUACAAACGUUGGCUAGAUCGAGAUUAUUAUCAUAAUCCGUGGAAAAAAAUUGAUAAUAUGAUUCUUAAUCUUCUACGAAGAAUUUUAAUCCAUGAUCCUGCACAACGUGCACGAGUUCCUGAUAUCCAAAGUCACAAAUGGAUGUUGAAAGUGUAUCCGCAAGACGGUACAGAAUCGGAUCAUCAACUAUUAAAACGCAUGGCUGUCAAAUACGAGGAACCAUGCUGGUCGUUGACACAACCUAAUCAGAGUACAACAUCAACUGUGAUUUCUUCGACAUCGAUGGAUGAUCCAAUGGUGACCUGUAUCUCACAACCAAUUAAACUUGAUGACUUAAUCUUGAUUACUGAGCCCAGAUCGUUGGCCGAAAUGGGCGACGAUGAUCCAUCAGAACAUCUGGUUCAUCGUAUGACACGCGUUGUCCUAGCAAUGCCAUUCGAUGACACAAUUUAUCUAUUGAAUAAAUUGUUUGUUCAUACAGGUUAUACACCGAAACGUACAGCAGGCAACCAAAUCACCGUCGUAACGCAAGAUAAACGACAUACAGAAUUAAUCUUUAAAGUGAAUGUAUUCAAAAUUCCUGAUAACAAGAUCAUGGCUGAUUUUCGUUUGUCCAAAGGUGACGGUAUUGAAUUUAAACGUAAAUUUGUGGAGAUACGAGAUCGCCUUGUUCAAUUGGCAACAGCUUGGUCCAGUGGUGCUGGUAGUUCAAUUUGCUUCAAUCAUACGGAUACAUCAUCGACGUUAACUGCAGGAAACAAUAGUGUAAAUCAAUUACAAGAAGCAAUGGACACCUAA